GGCGGUGUCAGAGUAGCCUAGGCUAAAACUCGCUUUGAGGCUCGCAGCAGUGCAAUCUGCACUUCAGUGCGUGUGAAGAAGACCAUAGCCUAUAGCCUACCUCAUCGCAGAGGCGGAGAUGGGGACGGAAAAGUGGCGGUUUUCUACACUCGUUUGCACUUUCCUCUGCACUCAAGCUAUCGUCGGAAAGGCAUGGGACUUAACCUUGCUUCAUACCAACGAUGUCCAUGCACGGAUAGAAGAAACAAGCAAGGAUUCGGGAAAAUGCACGAAAACUCCGUGUUUCGGUGGAGUGGCGAGGAGGCAUACGAAAAUAUCACAGCUUCGCCGAACGGAACCUAAUGUAUUGCUGCUGGAUGGCGGCGACCAGUUUCAGGGCACGGUUUGGUUCAACUUAUACAAAGGUGCAGAGGCAGCCUAUUUCAUGAACAAACUCGGAUACGAUGCAAUGGCUCUAGGGAACCAUGAAUUUGACAAUGGAUGGGAAGGCCUUGUCAGUCCCUUUCUGCAAGAUGUGAGCUGCACCAUCCUGAGUGCUAACAUCAAAGCAGAUGCCUCUCUGGCAUCCAGCGUUUCAGGGAAAUAUUUGCCUUACAAGAUUUUCAACAUGGGUUCAGAGAUAGUGGCUGUGGUAGGAUACACAUCCAGAGAAACACCUGCUCUGUCUAUGCCAGGUCCACACCUGAUAUUCCACGAUGAGAUAACAGCCCUGCAGACAGAAGUUGAAAAACUCAAAACUCUGGGCAUUAAUAAAAUCAUUGCCCUCGGCCACUCUGGUUUUACGGUAGACAAAGAAAUUGCAGAAAAGGUCUCAGGUGUGGAUGUGGUGAUCGGAGGACACACGAACACGUUCCUGUACACAGGAAUAGCCCCGUCCAAUGAGGUCCCGGCUGGACCUUAUCCCUACAUGGUGAAAUCACAAGAUGGCCGACAGGUGCCUGUGGUACAGGCUUACGCCUUUGGGAAAUACCUUGGCCAUCUUAAAGUGACUUUUGACGACAGUGGAAAUGUUCUUAAGGCAGAAGGCAAUCCAAUAUUAUUGGACAGCUCCAUACAACAAGACCCUGCAGUCCUUGCUGACGUUGAAGAGUGGAAGAAAAGCUUGGCUAAUUACACAGCUCAGUUUGUGGGCAAGACUCUCGUCUAUCUUAAUGGGACUUCACAGGAGUGUCGGUUCCGCGAGUGCAACCUGGGCAACCUCAUCUGUGACGCCAUGGUGGACCACAACAUCAAGUAUGCCGAUGAGGUUCAGUGGAACCACGUGAGCGCAUGCCUGCUAAACGGUGGGGCAGUGCGGUCACCCAUUGACGAGCGUGCCCGAAAUGGUUCUAUCACAAUGGAGGACCUGAUUGCAGUCUUGCCCUUUGGAUCCACAUUUGACUUGCUUCAGCUGAAAGGCUCCACCAUCAGAAAGGCCUUUGAGCAUGGCGUGCGACGGCAUGGAGGGGGCACAGGGGAAUUCCUACAAGUAUCAGGCUUUCAGGUUGAGUUCGAUCUCUCUCGGGAACCCUUCCAGCGUGUGACAUCUGUCCACAUCCUUUGCACCGAGUGUCGAGUUCCACGCUAUGAGCCAAUGGAAGAUGAAAAGGUUUACAAAUUAGUCAUGCCGUCUUACAUUGCGGAUGGUGGUGAUGGUUAUACAAUGAUCAAAGAGGAGAAGUUGAAGCACGAUAGUGGCGAUCUGGACAUCGCGGUGGUGGAACGCUACAUCAGCGAGUCCAAGAGAGUUCACCCGGCUGUGGAAGGGCGCAUCAAGUUCUCAAGCUUGGCAGGUGGAGGACCUAGUCGCAUGAUCUCACUUCCGCUCUUGAUCAUGCUUUUGGCUUUGUCAGUGAGCCUAUAGUCAGCGCUGUCUGAACCAGAGUUAUUAGAGUUAGAAUUAUUUUAACAGUGAAAAAAUAAUUUAGUUUUUUAAUUUAACUUUCAAAAAAUCAAAACUAAAUAAAAACAACAAUGAACAUUGCAAAACUAACUAAAAGUAAAUAGAAGUAAAGGUAAAAUCAGCUUAGUUUUAGUUCCCCCCCCCUCAGUUUUCAGUACCUAUAAAAAGUAC